AUCUCCUGCAAAGGCUUCCUCGACACAAUGGAAGUUCUCUUGCCUCUCUGUUUUCCUAAUGUCCGAACUUAUUUCGGAGGUGGACCAUGUCAUCUCUUCCUCUGAGCGGACUCAUGAAAUGGCCACAGAUGACAAGAGCUCCCCAACACUGGACUCUGCUAAUGAUUUGCCUCGCUCUCCCGCCAGUCCAUCUCACCUUACUCACUUUAAACCCUUGACUCCUGACCAGGAUGAGCCCCCCUUCAAGUCAGCAUAUAGUUCUUUUGUAAAUCUUUUUCGUUUUAACAAAGAGAGAGGAGAAGGGGGCCAAGGAGAGCAGCCGUCUCCAAGUUCAGGUUGGUCCAGCCCUCAGAUCCCUUCAAGGACACAGUCUGUGAGGUCGCCUGUACCUUAUAAAAAGCAGCUUAAUGAGGAGCUCCACCGGCGCUCUUCAGUGUUAGCAGAGAACACUUUGCCACAUCCUCAGGAGAGCACAGACUCCAGAAGGAAAGCGGAACCAGCCUGUGGAGGUCAUGACCCACGCACAGCUGUUCAGCUUCGAAGCCUCAGCACAGUAUUGAAACGCCUCAAGGAAAUCAUGGAAGGAAAAAGUCAGGACAGUGACCUGAAGCAAUAUUGGAUGCCAGAUAGCCAGUGUAAAGAGUGCUAUGACUGCAGUGAGAAGUUCACAACCUUUCGGCGCAGACACCAUUGCAGACUGUGUGGGCAGAUUUUCUGCAGUCGUUGUUGUAAUCAAGAAAUCCCUGGAAAAUUUAUGGGCUAUACAGGAGACCUCCGAGCAUGCACAUACUGUAGAAAAAUAGCCUUAAGUUAUGCUCAUUCCACAGACAGUAAUUCCAUUGGGGAAGACUUGAAUGCUCUUUCAGAUUCAACUUGCUCUGUGUCUAUACUUGAUCCAAGCGAACCUCGGACACCUGUUGGGAGUAGAAAAGCCAGUCGUAACAUAUUCUUAGAGGAUGAUUUAGCCUGGCAAAGUUUGAUUCAUCCGGAUUCCUCAAAUAGUGCUCUUUCAUCAAGACUUGUAUCUGUUCAAGAGGAUGCUGGGAAGUCUCCUGCUCGAAACAGAUCAGCCAGCAUUACUAAUCUGUCACUGGAUCGGUCUGGUUCUCCUAUGGUUCCUUCAUAUGAGUCAUCUGUCAGUCCCCAGGCUAACAGAAACUACAUUAGGACAGAGACUACUGAGGAUGAACGCAAAAUUCUUCUGGACAGUGCUCAGUUGAAGGAUCUGUGGAAGAAAAUCUGCCAUCACACCAGUGGGAUGGAAUUUCAGGAUCACCGUUACUGGUUGAGAACACAUCCCAACUGCAUUGUAGGAAAGGAAUUAGUCAAUUGGCUAAUCAGAAAUGGACACAUUGCUACAAGGGCACAAGCUAUAGCAAUUGGACAAGCAAUGGUUGAUGGACGUUGGUUGGAUUGUGUCAGUCAUCAUGACCAGCUUUUCAGGGACGAGUAUGCAUUGUAUAGACCACUGCAGAGUACAGAAUUUUCUGAGACACCUUCUCCAGACAGUGACUCCGUGAACUCUGUGGAAGGACACUCUGAGCCAUCCUGGUUUAAAGACAUAAAAUUUGAUGACAGUGACACAGAACAGAUUGCUGAAGAAGGUGACGAUAAUUUGGCUAAUUCUGCCAGUCCUAGCAAGCGCACUUCAGUCAGCAGUUUCCAGUCCACAGUGGACAGUGACUCAGCCGCUUCUAUCAGCCUGAACGUGGAGCUGGACAACGUGAACUUCCAUAUCAAGAAGCCCUCCAAGUACCCACAUGUGCCCCCUCACCCUGCUGACCAAAAAGAGUAUUUGGUUUCUGACACUGGAGGACAGCAGCUCUCAAUAAGUGAUGCCUUCAUCAAAGAGUCCUUAUUUAAUCGACGAGUAGAGGAAAAAUCUAAAGAGCUGCCUUUCACUCCUUUGGGAUGGCAUCAUAACAACCUGGAACUCUUGCGGGAGGAGAAUGAGGAGAAGCAAGCCAUGGAAAGGCUGCUUUCAGCUAACCAUAACCACAUGAUGGCCCUACUCCAGCAGUUGCUUCAAAAUGAGUCAUUGUCAUCGUCUUGGAGGGACAUCAUUGUGUCACUAGUCUGCCAGGUUGUUCAGACAGUCAGACCUGAUGUCAAGCACCAGGAUGAUGACAUGGAUAUCCGUCAGUUUGUCCAUAUCAAGAAGAUCCCAGGUGGAAAGAAAUUUGAUUCCCUGGUUGUCAAUGGCUUUGUUUGUACCAAGAACAUUGCACAUAAAAAGAUGAAUUCCUGUAUUAAAAACCCCAAAAUCCUUCUGUUGAAGUGUUCUAUUGAGUAUCUCUACAGAGAGGAGACAAAGUUUACUUGCAUUGAUCCUAUCGUGCUUCAGGAAAGGGAAUUCUUGAAGAAUUAUGUUCAACGAAUAGUUGAUGUUCGACCCACAUUGGUUCUCGUUGAGAAAACAGUGUCUCGGAUUGCUCAGGACAUGUUACUGGAACAUGGCAUUACUCUGGUCAUUAAUGUAAAGUCUCAAGUUUUAGAAAGAAUCAGUCGAAUGACCCAAGGUGAUUUAGUGGUGUCCAUGGACCAGCUUCUCACCAAACCCCACCUGGGCACUUGCCACAAAUUUUAUAUGCAGAUAUUUCAGCUGCCUAAUGAACAAACCAAAACACUGAUGUUUUUUGAAGGCUGUCCACAGCACCUAGGCUGCACAAUCAAGCUCAGAGGAGGCUCUGAUUAUGAGCUGGCCAGAGUUAAGGAGAUCCUAAUAUUUAUGAUCUGUGUAGCUUAUCAUUCUCAGCUAGAAAUCUCUUUUCUCAUGGAUGAAUUUGCUAUGCCUCCAACAUUAAUGCAAAGCCCGCCGUUCCAUUUUCUGACUGAGGGACGAGGGGAAGAGGGAGCUUCUCAGGAGCAGGUCAGUGGCAGCUCCCUUCCCCAGGAUCCAGAGUGCCCUCUUGAUGCCCUGACUUCUGAUGAUAAUACUUUGUUGGAAUCAAGGAUUGUGCUUGAGAAGGGUGAGCUGGACAAUAAAAGUGUUCCACAGGCUGUUGCCUCUUUGAAGCAUCAAGAAUAUACCACCCCGACUUGCCCAGCAGGUAUCCCCUGUGCUCUCUUUGCAUUGGUACCUGAGUCAUUGUUGCCUCUCCAUAUGGAUCAGCAGGAUGCUGUAGGAAAUGAACAGCCAGAGGCAUCACAGCAAACAGAUGAGCAACAGGAUUCCAAAAGCCAAAUGAGAGCUUUUCGAGACCCUCUACAAGAUGACACUGGAAUGUAUGUUACUGAGGAAGUCACUUCCUCUGAAGAUAAACGAAAGACUUACUCCUUGACAUUUAAACAGGAAUUAAAAGACGUGAUCCUCUGUAUCUCUCCAGUUAUUACAUUCCGAGAACCUUUCCUUUUAACUGAAAAGGGGAUGAGGUGUUCAACUCGAGAUUAUUUUCCAGAGCAGAUUUACUGGUCUCCUCUUCUCAACAAAGAGGUGAAGGAAAUGGAGAGCAGGAGGAAGAAACAGCUGCUCAGGGAUCUCUCUGGACUUCAGGGCAUGAAUGGCAGUGUUCAGGCCAAGUCUAUUCAAGUCUUACCCUCACAUGAGCUAGUGAGCACCAGGAUUGCUGAACAUCUGGGUGAUAGCCAGAGCUUAGGUAGAAUGCUAGCUGAUUAUCGAGCUAGAGGAGGAAGAAUUCAGUCAAAACAUUUGGACCCUUUUGUUUAUUCAAAAGAUGUAUCAUGUACUUCAAGUGGCAAAGCAGGAAAUAAAACUGAGAGUGAUGAAGAGAGGGGGUUGAUUCCAAGUGAUGUCUUAUGGCCAACAAAGGUGGACUGUCUGAAUCCUGCUAACCACCAGAGGCUCUGUGUGCUCUUCAGCAGCUCUUCUGCCCAGUCCAGCAAUGCUCCCAGUACCUGUGUCAGUCCUUGGAUUGUAACAAUGGAGUUUUAUGGAAAGAAUGACCUUACACUGGGAAUAUUUUUAGAAAGAUACUGUUUCAGGUCUUCUUACCAAUGUCCUAGCAUGUUCUGUGACACCCCCAUGGUUCAUCACAUUCGUCGCUUUGUUCAUGGCCAAGGCUGUGUACAGAUAAUCCUGAAGGAGCUGGAUUCCCCAGUGCCUGGAUAUCAACAUACAAUUCUCACAUAUUCCUGGUGCAGAAUCUGCAAACAAGUAACACCAGUUGUUGCUCUUUCAAAUGAAUCCUGGUCUAUGUCAUUUGCAAAGUACCUUGAACUUCGAUUUUAUGGCCACCAGUACACACGCAGAGCUAAUGCUGAGCCCUGUGGUCACUCUAUCCACCAUGAUUAUCACCAGUAUUUUUCUUAUAACCAGAUGGUGGCAUCUUUCAGUUAUUCUCCUAUUCGGCUUCUUGAAGUAUGUGUUCCACUCCCAAAAAUAUUCAUUAAGCGUCAAGCCCCACUGAAGGUAUCUCUUCUUCAGGAUCUCAAGGACUUUUUUCAGAAGGUUUCACAGGUGUACCUAGCUGUUGAUGAGAGACUUGCAUCCUUGAAAAUGGAUACAUUUAGCAAAACUAGAGAGGAAAAGAUGGAAGAUAUCUUUGCACAAAAGGAGAUGGAAGAGGGUGAGUUUAAGAACUGGACUGAGAAGAUGCAAGCAAGGCUCAUGUCUUCCUCUGUGGAUACCCCUCAGCAACUGCAGUCCAUUUUUGAGUCACUCAUUGCCAAGAAGCAAAGCCUCUGUGAGGUGCUCCAAGCGUGGAACAGCAGGUUACAGGACCUUUUCCAGCAGGAAAAAGGUAGAAAGAGGCCUUCGGUUCCUCCCAGUCCUGGGAGACUGAGACAAGGUGAAGAAAGCAAGAUAAGUGCAAUGGACACAUCUCCAAGGAAUAUUUCUCCAGGACUUCACAAUGGAGAAAAAGAGGAUCGCUUCUUGACAACCCUGUCCAGCCAGAGCUCUACGAGCUCCACCCAUCUCCAGCUGCCCACUCCUCCUGAGGCCCUGUCGGAGCAGUUAGUGGGAGGGCCCUCUGACCUAGAUACAGCCAGUGGCUCUGAAGAUGUAUUUGAUGGGCAUUUGCUGGGAUCCACAGACAGCCAGGUGAAGGAAAAGUCAACCAUGAAAGCCAUCUUUGCUAAUUUGCUUCCAGGAAAUAGCUAUAAUCCCAUUCCGUUUCCUUUUGAUCCAGAUAAACACUACUUAAUGUAUGAACAUGAACGGGUGCCCAUUGCUGUCUGUGAGAAAGAGCCCAGCUCCAUCAUUGCUUUUGCACUCAGUUGUAAAGAAUACCGAAAUGCCUUAGAGGAAUUGUCCAAAGCAACUCUGUGGAACAGUGCUGAAGAAGGGCUUCCAACCAAUAGUGCUUUAGAUAACAGACCAAAGAGUAGCAGUCCUAUUAGAUUACCUGAAGUCAGUGGAGGACAGACAAACCGUACAGUAGAAGCAGAACCUCAGCCAACCAAAAAAGCUUCAGGAAUGUUGUCCUUCUUCAGAGGAACAGCAGGCAAGAGCCCUGAUCUGUCUUCUCAGAAGAGAGAGACCUUACGUGGGGCAGACAGUGCGUACUACCAGGUUGGGCAAAGUGGCAAGGAGGGGAUGGAGAAUCAAGGCCUGGAGCCUCAAGAUGAAGUAGAUGGAGGAGAUACACAGAAGAAACAACUCACAAACCCUCAUGUGGAACUUCAAUUUUCUGAUGCUAAUGCCAAGUUUUACUGUCGGCUGUACUACGCGGGAGAGUUCCAUAAGAUGCGUGAAGUGAUUCUGGGCAGCAGUGAGGAAGAUUUUAUUCGUUCCCUUUCUCACUCAUCACCCUGGCAGGCCCGGGGAGGCAAGUCAGGGGCUGCUUUCUAUGCCACUGAAGAUGAUAGAUUCAUUCUGAAGCAAAUGCCUCGUCUGGAAGUCCAGUCUUUCCUUGACUUUGCACCACAUUACUUCAGUUAUAUCACAAAUGCUGUCCAACAAAAGAGGCCCACUGCCUUGGCUAAAAUUCUUGGCGUUUACAGAAUUGGGUAUAAGAACUCUCAGAACAACACUGAGAAGAAGUUAGAUCUCCUUGUCAUGGAAAAUCUUUUCUAUGGGAGGAAGAUGGCACAGGUUUUUGAUUUGAAGGGUUCACUUAGGAAUCGAAAUGUAAAAACUGACACUGGGAAAGAGAGCUGUGAUGUGGUUCUGCUGGAUGAAAACCUCCUAAAGAUGGUUCGAGACAACCCUCUAUAUAUUCGUUCCCAUUCCAAAUCUGUGCUGAGAACAUCCAUUCAUAGCGACGCCCAUUUCCUUUCCAGCCACCUAAUUAUAGACUAUUCUUUGCUUGUUGGUCGAGAUGACACUAGCAAUGAGCUAGUAGUUGGCAUCAUAGAUUACAUUCGAACAUUUACAUGGGACAAAAAACUUGAGAUGGUUGUAAAGUCAACAGGAAUUUUAGGAGGACAAGGUAAAAUGCCAACUGUGGUCUCUCCAGAGUUGUAUAGGACUAGAUUUUGUGAAGCAAUGGACAAAUAUUUCUUGAUGGUGCCAGACCACUGGACAGGGUUGGAUCUGAAUUGCUGAAAUCACAAAUGAUUUGAAAACGACUGUGAAUGAAAGUGGAUCUGAAGAAGAAACCCAAACUAUAUAACAUUUUAUGUCUUUGACAUAUAUACCACUGAACACAAAGAUCUUUCAGUUCUGUGAUUGUCUAUACAUCAGCUUUAGACUGUCCAUGAUUGCAGGGGAGAAGCCCCAUCCAUGGAUUGUACUUUGCUUCUGAUAUUUGCUCUUAUCUGCCUGUAAAAUGGGAAAUUGUACAAAGUUAAAUACAAUGUUCUUUUCAAAUGGCUGUGAUUAGGGAUGAGUGUUUAGACAGAGUAAGAUAUUAAAUUGUCAUAUUUACUAA